AGACAAGAAUGUAUAUUGUUUUGUUUCCAGUUUGAGUAAUAGGCGACCUCCGUUCUCCCGCUCUUCCCAAACUCCCAUCAGAUUCUCCGCCCAUCUUCUAUUGUCCUUUCGUUUUUCCCCCCGGAAUGGAAAACAAGUCAUCAAAACUUAGUUCUAAGAAGAAAGAAGCAGCACCAGAAUUGGAUAAUGGUAGUUUUAUUGAUCCUCUGGGGCGCCGCAAGUCCAAGCGUUUUAAGGCUUCAGCGGUGAGAGACUUCCCACCUCAUUGUGGACCAAGUUCCACUAGUCUCAGAUCAAGUGAGGGAGCUGAACAAGUGAAAGAUAUGAAUUUGGCGGAAGAAGAUGAAAGUUUUACCAGGUCGGGUGGCUAUCGAAGCGUUGGGGUAAAGCAGCUUGGUGGAAGAAAGAUCAUUGCAGUAAGAGACUUCCCUCCAAACACAGGGACCAAGUUUUCCGAUUACGGAAAGACCGUGAAGGACGCUGUCUCCAAGAAAGAGUUAACAUUGGAUUCUGGUGACCAUUCUUUCCAAUCUCCUGCUAAAAGCAUGUCGCCACAUGUUUCGAAGCCGUUGGAAUCUGUGAAAUCAAAAUUUACAAUCCCUAAACCACAUGAGAUGGCAAGCAAGAUGAAGAAAAGGGAAGGUGUUGUAUUGCCUAAACCCUUGAGGCUUCUUCAGAAGAUUAAUGGAGAUAACGGUGAAGGAUCUAGUAGGAAGAAGCCUGCUGCGCUUCCUCCUUCGCGUCCUAGUGGCUCAAGCAGUGGAGAUAGUGCUAGGGACAAAGUAAUGGAAACUCUACGUCUCUUCAGUGAAGCUUGUAGAAAACUUAUACGAGAGGAAGAAGCAAAUCCUAGGCCAAAAAACGGUGUUCACUUCAAUGUUUCUGUGGAGGCUUCGAAGAUUGUCAAGAGCAAAGGCAAGUAUCUUAACGUUGGUAACAAGAUUAUAGGAACUGUCCCUGGUGUUGAAGUAGGCGACGAGUUUCAGUACAGAAUUGAGCUGAACUUUCUUGGUAUACACAGAGCAGUUCAAGCUGGUAUUGAUUUUAUUAGAGACGACAACAAGGAGCUACUUGCCACAAGUGUUGUAGCCUCUGGUGGCUACGAUGACGACCUUGGUAACUCUGAUAUGUUGGUCUACACAGGCCAAGGUGGGAAUCUAUCUAAAAAUCCACAAAAGGGGAAUAUAAAUAAUGAACCUAAAGACCAACAGCUCUUAAGGGGAAACCUCGCUUUGGCGAACAGUAUAGAUAAACAGAACCCUGUGAGGGUCAUAAGAGGAUACAAGAAGACACCUUCUGAUAAUAACAAAACCUACGUUUACGAUGGGUUGUAUCUUGUGGAAGAGUUUUGGAAAGAAGUGGGGGCUUAUGGUAAGCUUGUCUUUAAGUAUAGACUGAGACGUAUUCCUGGACAGCCUGAGCUCACUUGGAAAGUGGUGAAGAAAGCUAAAGCGUCUAAAGUCAGGGAAGGUCUUUGCUGUGAUGAUAUCUCAGGAGGGAAAGAGAAGUUACCUAUAUGCGCUGUGAAUGAGAUAGACGACGAGAAACCGCCUCAGUUUAUCUACACUGUUAAAAUGAUAUAUCCUGAUUGGUGUCAGCCGAUUCCUCCAAAGGGAUGUGGCUGCACAAAACGAUGCAAUGACUCAACAAACUGUGCUUGCGUUGCGAAAAACGGUGGAGAGUUACCUUACAAUUAUGAUGGAGCCAUUGUUUUUAGAAAGCCUAUGGUCUAUGAGUGUGGCCCACUCUGUAAAUGCUCGCCUGAUUGUUACCUCCGUGUCACACAGAGAGGGAUCAAGAUCCAGCUUGAGAUCUUCAAAACCGAGAAAAGAGGCUGGGGAGUGAGGUCUCUUGAGUCUAUUCCUUCGGGAAGCUUCAUCUGUGAGUACACAGGAGAGCUUCUACAGGAAAACGAAGCUGAUAGGCUUGCAGGUAAAGACGAGUAUUUAUUCGACAUCGGCACAGAGAAUGAGGGUAGCUUCUAUGACAAUAGUUUCUUUACCAUAGACGCUGCAAGGAAAGGGAACGUUGGCAGGUUUAUAAACCAUAGCUGCUCUCCGAAUCUGUACGCUCAAGACGUUUUGUACCACCAUGAGGAUAUGAGAAUCCCUCACGUGAUGCUGUUUGCCAAGGACAAUAUACCUCCACUUAAGGAACUAACGUACUAUUAUAACUAUAAGAUUGGUCAGGUGCUGGACGCUGAUGGUAAUGUCAAGGAGAAAAAAUGCUACUGUGGUUCGGCCAGGUGCAGUGGUAGACUCUACUGAUAAGCUCCGAUGUUGCUGCUUGGAUUUAUAUUCUUCUUCUGCUUAUUCUUUUAUCUAAUGUUCAGUGAAUUAGUAAUAGCAUUAUAGCCGUUGGUAUUAUUAGUCUUUCUCCUAUAGUAUAUUGCUGUUUGUGACAUUUCCUUGAAACUCACCAUGAGCUAGUCUUUCCUAGUUUUUUUGUUUCUUCCAUAAACUGCAUUGUUUUUUUUCUAGUUUUUUGUGUUCUUCCA